CGAGAUUAAAGUUAAUGCGCAUGAGCGGUUGCGAAAUCAAAUUACCAACACGUGCAGAUUUCUAUAAUGACAGUUAAAAAUAUUAAAAAUAAAUUCCCCACAAUUUCCAAUGUAACUAGACACUUAUCUCUGCUUUUAUAUUUAUUUACAUUGUGAUUAUGUCUUAGAGCUAGACUAAACAAUGCAGAAGUAGUGCGGGAAGUGCAACAGCUUUAAUUAAAAUUAUGUUUUUUUGUGAUCAUUAAAAAUCAAGUAUGAGGUUCAAUGACAGGGAAUUGGCGAAGCUAAGUGAAGGAAAAUGCGACUUGGAAGGCGUUUUAACUCACAGAAAACCACAAGGAAAAGACUGGUAUCAACAACAGCCGUUCAAAGAACGAGUAUUUAAGCUAAUAUCCAACCUACUGUUUUACUAUCGAGUCAACGAACAAGAGCCACUAGGAGUUUUAGUUUUAGAAAAUGCCCAGAUAGCAUACGAAAGCCCACACACAGGGAUGAAUUUUGCGUUCUCAAUACAGUUUAAGGUGAACAAAAGUGUGGACAAUGAUGCGAAACACAUAUUCUCUUGUAGGUGUCAAGAUGAUGUGAAUAAAUGGGUGUCAGCUUUAAAAAUGGCCUCAUAUGAGUAUUGGCGAUCGCAGUUGCUUAUAUUAAAGACUAAGUUGAGUAUGAAAACUGGCAAAGAUCCAAUUUUAAACAUAAUGGAAAACAAACAGCUCACCACUCAAAGUCACAAGAAAGAAGUGAAGAAAACCAAAGUGAAGAACAGCAGUGCUACAUUCUACAGUCAUGUAGGAUCAACAUUUUACCAAAGCUCAUAUUCGUCCACCAAAACCAUCACUCAAUCCAACAACAUACCUAUAGACACUUUGAUUGAUUUAUAAUCAGAAAUUUCUAGUUUGUACACCUCACAAUUCUUGUAGUUCUCUCAAAAGACCUGUACAUAAUUGUAUUGAAACAAAUUGUGAUAUAAAAUCAGUGAAGUAUAUAUAUAUAUAUAUCUGUGUGUGUAAUGUGUUCCAACUUAUUUAUUUGCUUAGUGAUCCUUAACAUUUAUUUAUGUUAUUUAAGUUGGCUACUUACUAUCAUUGCUCUCACACUUGCCAAGCCUGUAAUCCUAAAUAUUUAUUUUUCUUAUUUACUUUUUAAAAACUUUAUUUACAUUAGAAUAUCUGGAAUUGGAAACAAUUCCAGUUUAGUUAAUUGAGACCUAAGUACAACUGUAAACUCAUGUUAUUAAGUUCUGUAAUUUGUAUAAAAUAUAUUGAAAAUGUAAUUUAACUGUUCCUCAGGACUAUAUGUAUAUUUAAAUAAAUGAAAUAGUUUUUCACA